AUGCCACGCAACAAUCGCCUUUCUAUGGACGAGCAGGCUGAAAUCGACGUCAUGCGCGACCUGGGAUGGAGUGUUCGCCGGAUGAGCCAGCGGAUCGACCGCUCUCGAGACUGCAUUGCACGGUAUUUGCGGAAUCCACUCGCGUAUAAUACGAAAACUUUAACCGGAAGACCGAAGAAGCUGAGCGAACGUGAUCGCCGUUCAAUUCUUCGAUUGGCGUCGAACAGCACGAAGACGGCUAGCGAAAUCAGGGAAGAAUUGGGGCUCCAA